GGCAGGGAGAAGGCAACGAGGAUUAUUGUCAGGGCACAGACCCAGCCAGGGAGCUGUAAGUAAGCAGAGACACAUUUACUGCAUGUUUAAUACUGUAUAACAAUAUUGGCACCGACUAUAAUAUAAACUGUAAUAUAAACUAUGAAAUAAACUGUAACAUAAUAUAUAAACUGUAAUAUAAACUAUGAAAUAAACUGUACUAUAAUAUAAUAUAAACUAAUAUAAACUGUAAUAUAAAUAUAAACUAUGAAAUAAACUAAUAUAAAUAUAAACUGUGAUAUAAACUGUAAUAUAAUAUAAACUAAUAUAAACUGUAAUAUAAAUAUAAACUGAUAUAAACUGUAAUAUAAUAUAAUAUAAACUAAUAUAAACUAAUAUAAACUGUAAUAUAAAUAUAAACUAUGAAAUAAACUGUAAUAUAAAUAUAAACUGUGAUAUAAACUGUAAUAUAAUAUAAUAUAAACUAAUAUAAACUGUAAUAUAAACUAUAAUAUAAACUGUAAUAUAAACUUUUUGUGUAUUAGAGAAAGAGAGAGAUUGUGUGUAAGAGGAUGCAUAACAUCUGUGUAUAACGAAAAAUAAUAAACCCACUCAGGUGUUCUGGAGAACCAAACAUCAAGUGAUUUAUUAAUGUAGCCAGAAACCCAAGGUGGCGUUAUUUUCUGUAAUACACGCUUUACUACUGUGUAACUUUUUAUUACGUGAUAUUUUUAGGAUAGUGUUUAGUCUUGGAUUUAAUAUUUGGUGAUAUAUUAAGACAUAAUUUGGUGAGGGUUAAUGGGAGGACUUUACUGUCAGGAUAGAACAGGCAUACGUAUAUGUAUAUGUGCUGGCUGAGUUUAGUGGGAGUUACAAUCCUGGGAUACUUUAUCUGCCGUUAUUAAAAUGGCAACAGGUAAUGCUGGGGAAUGUAACCUGUUUAAAGUUCUCCCAAGAAAACAAACUCUGUAUGUAAGGAACAAAAACCUUUUCAAAAUUAAAAAAAUUCGGUACAUAAUGUUUACGAGACAGAGACUGUCUAAAGAGACAGAGAGGAAGACAGGAGUGAGAGACAGAGGAAAGGAUUACAUAGUUAAUGAUAAUAUAGAGAACUAGAAUAUAAAAUCUUUAGCUCUGUAUUCUUAAUUUUGUUCCUUAGAUCACAUUACAUUCAGCUCCGUCUCCGAAACCUCCUUCUCACCAUGAGAUCUUUGGCUUAUUAUGGGGUCAUCGUUCUUCUCCUGGUUACGGAAAGCCUAACUAAACCCACCUGCACCAAAGAGAAGAGCCUAAUCACCGACAAGAUGGAGACCGACUGCACUCACCUUGGUUUGACCGCAGUCCCCAUGACCAAUAUUGAUGACGACACAGAAGUUCUCAUCUUAAGUUACAACUCGAUCAAGUCCCUUUCCACCUCAGUCUUUAAAAAACUUCCGCAACUGGUAGCCCUGGAUGUAUCCAACAAUGGCAUGUCGACCAUUCAGAUUGACUACCCCAUGAGUUUGAAGGAUCUAAAUCUGGCCAACAAUUCAUUUGACCAACUACCAAAACUCUCACAGCUGAAAAACUUAAUCAAGCUUGAUCUGUCCAACAACCAUAUUGCGGCUAUCCCAGACACGGCUUUCCAUGGUCUGCAUGGACUGAAAGAGCUGCACCUUUCGGGGAAUGGGAUCAAGCAACUCUCUGAGAAGGUAUCAAUAUUGGAAAUAUGUAAUUAUUAUGAAAAUAUUCUGAAAAGGAAGGGUUAAGUUAUGUUGUUAUGAUUGUAUUUUAUUAAAUGAUUCUAAAAAGAGACAGUUUUCUUCAUAACAUUCUGCCAGUUUUCUAACAUUCUAUCCAUUUCUUAAGAUCACUACAUUUAGAAGGUGUAGAGAAAAGAACACUUUUUCUUUUUUUUAAAAGUGGUGGAAAUUUUUUUUUUAUAAUUCUCUGAUCGUUGGAAAAAAAAGGUGUGUGGUUGUAAAGCCACGAGUAGCUGGGUUGUCACCUCUGAGUCCCCUUUCCUUUGUGAAUUUAGCCCAGAGUGAUUAAAGCUCCUUAUCGCUGUCUGGCUCACCCAAACACUAGCAAAGACUUAGCGAAGGUUAAAGAAGAACUGAUUUAUUGUUACACAGGUCACACUUUCAUAUCUGGGGCCUUAACAGGAUGUCCCCAGGGAGCACAAUAGAAUUGCGACAUACCCAGCAACUUGGUGUCUGUUCCUGAGCAGAUAAUUUAAUUAGAGGCCAGGCAUCUUGGCGCCAGGUUAACAAAAAUACAAAAAACAUGGAGUUCCUGUGACCACAUCCCAACAAUAGUGCCAUCCUCAAGAAGCGUUCUUCUGAGCGCCCAAUGUGCCCAAAAAGCACUUGGAUCAGAGGUGACUAGCCAGAGUUAGUGGGAAGACCACAGCCAUCCUCUAAUCCAGCUCAGAGUUCCACAGCUCUGGGUAGAAAUCCCGGUCACCUAAAAUGAUGGUACUUUCAUUUGAUACAUGGAGCUCCCUCAAGUUCUUGGUGUCAUUCAAUGCUUUCCACCUCCUCUGUCAUGGUUCCAGAAAGCACCCUACUAGGUGGUUCUGGGACCAAGAACGCCUUUGUCAAAGUUUUACCUUAGCCCAGCAACUUUACAAUCCGGUCAGGAGUUCCAUAGAAAUUACAGGGUGCUCCUGGUCAGGUGCACCAUGCCUCAGCGGGUUUCUGGCUGAUCUGCGAGUGUUCGUGGGCCAUGGGGAAGGAGCGCUUGACUGGGUGGCACAGCCUGGAGAGGCAAAUAGCAAUGAUAUAGCUCUGUUUUGUGGAAGGUGGCAGUUGGGAGACCUGUACCAGUCCUGUCACAAGGUGUAUAUUUAAAAAUGAUGUUUAGGGUGCAAAAGAAGCAACGGAUUUAAAAAGCUUGUGAUCGUUAAUAAAUUGUGCCAAAUAUUUGUUAGAAAUUAGACAUAGAAAGUGUAGAUGAUACUUUGAGGAGUCUCCUCCAAUCUUUUUCCAACAGAAACUGACUUGUUUCAGUCCUUUUAUGCACCAGUCUCAAACUGGCGGUCUUCUGAAAUGUCUAUUACAAAAGCUGGUGAGAUUUACCAUAAAAGAAAAUCAUUCCUUUUUAGAUCACUAUUUAGAUUAGGGGUCUUUAACAUUUUAAUAACCUACCGCCCAUUCAUAUAUGUUUGUUGAUGGUAAAAUUCCUUAUCGCCCACCGGUGCCGCAAAUUAUUUUGCAUAAGUGGGAAACGUUUUUAGAAAGGAAGGGUAUUUAAAAAGUAAAAUAAAUAAAGUACUUAAAGUUAUCUUUUUUUUUAUUUCUGCUUUAUGCAUGUUUAUACCUAUAUAAUUUAAAUUUAAUAAAUUUCUGCAUCUCCAUCGAUGCGGCCCCCACAAGCGCUGGUGCUAUUAAAUUAAAGAAAAAGAAAGUUCAAUGUGAAAACAAUAAAGUUUAACGCAAUUACAUUUAACCGAUGAUUAAUGAGAUCCAUGAGGCUGAUGCUGCGAGAAUAAAUAUUUGACAUCUGGCUCGAUUUUCAUAAAGAAUAAAUAAAGGUCUCCUCUUUAACCCCUUAAGGACACAUGACGGAAAUAUUCCGUCACAAUUCCCUUUUAUUCCAGAAGUUGUGUCCUUAGGGGUUAAGUGAUAUUCAGACGGUUUCUCUGUUUGUUGAAAAGAUAUGUGGUAAGGAAAGAUAUCAAUAAAUGGAAUAUAAUUUUCCACAUAUUUGGAUAUAACGCUGAAGUUUUUUCUAUCUUGCCAGAGUUUUAGGUACCCACCACUGUUAAAAUUACAUUUCCAGGUGGUCCUCACUUUACGACCUACCUGUUUUACGAAGGCUCGCACUUGCGAUCAGCUCUCUAGUGUGAGGAUUCAAGGGAGUCCCCACGUUAGAGAGCUGGUCUAUGUUCUGGGAUUUUUUUCCGAACAUAGAUUAGACGGAUUCCCUGCUCUGGUGCGUACGUUUACAUUUGGGUAAAUUUCCCCCGAACAUAGACAAGCGCACCAGAGCAGGGAAUCCCUCUAAUCUAUGUUCAGGGAACAUUCCCCAAACAUAGAUUUGAGGGAUUCCCUGCUCUGCUGCGCUUGUCUAUGUUUGGGAAAAUUUCCCCGAACAUAGACCUGCACUGGUGUGCAUGCUCUGUAGCGCAUCCUCACUUACUGACCAAUUAGUUUUACGACCGGGUCAUAAGAAUGGCACCUGGUUGGUAGGUGAGGAGUAUCUGUACGAUCUCCAUUAUAUUUCAGUUCUAAUAGUUAUUUUUGGCAACUUAUAUUAACAUCAGCAACCUCAGUUAGUGGUGUAUUUGUGUGGGGUAUCAGUGUUUGUGGGAAUGUAGUGGUGUAUUUGUGUGGGGUGUUACUGUGUGUGGAACUGUAGCUGGUGUAUGUAGUGGAGUGUUGAUGUGUGGGGUCUUACUGUGUGUGGAAAUGUAGUGGUGUAUUUGAGUGGGGAGUUACUGUGUGUGGGAAUGUAUUGGGUGUAUUUGUGUGGGGUAUUACUGUGUGUGGAAGUGUAGUGGGUGUAUUUGUGUGGGGUGUAACUGUGUGUGGGAAUGUAGUGGGUGUAUUUGUGUGGGGUGUAACUGUGUGUGGGAAUGUAGUGGGUGUAUUUGUGUGGGAAUGUAGUGGGUGUAUUUGUGUGGGGUCUUACUGUGUGUGGGAAUGUAGUGGGUGUAUUUGUGUGGGGUCUUACUGUGUGUGGGAAUGUAGUGGGUGUAUUUGUGUGGGGUCUUACUGUGUGUGUGGGAAUGUAGUGGGUGUAUUUGUGUGGGGUGUAACUGUGUGUGGGAAUGUAGUGGGUGUAUUUGUGUGGGAAUGUAGUGGGUGUAUUUGUGUGGGGUCUUACUGUGUGUGGGAAUGUAGUGGUGUAUUUGUGUGGGGUGUUGCGUAUGGAGUUACAUUUCCAAUCACAAUUACACUCCACACAAAUACACCACUACAUUCCCACACACAGUAACACCCCACACAAUUAAUGUUGGACCGUCAGCUGUUGCUAAACUGCAAAUCUAAUUUUAAUUUAAGAGAAUUAAGGAAUUUUAGUUCUGCAACAGCUGUGUAUCUCAUCCUUGGCCAUCCCUGUACAUUUACCAACUCGCUUAGUCAUCCUCCCAUAGAGUAUUCUGCAGCCUUCACUGAAAACAUCCCAUAUAGGCAUAGGCCUCCUAUUGCCUUUAAGAGAACAUCCUUGUGUUAAUUUGUAAUAAGUUAUAAUUUUCAUGUUAUGAUCAUUAAGUAAUAUUUGUUGUAGCUAAAUACCAGAUCCCUUUUUUUUCCUGGACAAAUAUUAAGUUUGUAAACAAAUGAGUUCUGCUUUUCGUCCACUAGAUGUCCGUAUAUCACUGUAAACAGUAUUUCACUGAUUCUCCUUACAGUGGGGGUCUCAAGCUCAAUUUAUUCACAAGGGCCACUGGCUUAGUGGUCGUCUCUCAUGGGGCAACAGAUCCAUACUAUAUUACUCAGAGGUCUAGCAUUGCAAUUAUGUGCUAAAGGAAGAUAGGCUGUAUGGUAUUUAUUUAAUGAGACAUUCCUAAUGUUGGUUGUGAAGAGCAACUUAAUUAUGCAGCUCACUUGAAUGUUUUCAGACAUUUAUCAUCUGAAAUAGCUCUGGGUAACAUUUUUACACAUAUUUUCCAUGGCAUCCAUUAUAAUCUGAUGUUCUUGUGUUUCUUCCUGAUAGGUUUUCAAAGGGUUAGAUCAACUCGAUACGUUGGAUCUAUCGUUCAAUCAGCUGACGAGUGUUCCACCUCUCCUCAUCUCUGACUCUGUCAAUUUGGCAAGAAUAUACUUGAGAGGAAAUAGUCUAACACUAAUUCCAGAUAAUUUUUUCGAUGGAUUAUAUGACUUGGCUUACGUGUACCUAGACCUGAACCCGUGGACAUGCAAUUGUAAUUUAAAGUACUUCAAAGAGUGGGUGGAGUUUAAUGAAGAUAACAUCUACACCAUCACUAAUGGAGCCCCAGACAAAGACGCUAGUAGUGUUGUCUGCUCUAAUAAAGUUCCACUUGUGAACUUCUUUGAGAAAUGCCCAGAUAAAGAUGAUGAAGACCCAGACAUGCCAGAACCUAUGAGUACCAACAUGAUGGGGACAACAAGACAAGUGACAACAACAGCAGCAACCACAAGCCGAGCAACAACACCGGUGAUGACCACAAGACAAACGACAACAACACCGGUGAUGACCACAAGCCAAACUACAACAACACCGGUGAUGACCACAAGCCAAACGACAACAACACCUGUGAUGACCACAAGCCAAACGACAACAACACCAGUGAUGACAACAAAAACUGAAACAACUUCAGCUACAACUGCACCUGUGACAACCAAAGAGUUAACAAGUACAAACCAAGCAACCCCAUCAAUAUCCACAGAGGUUUCCUCUCCAUCUACUACAAUUCAUACAACAAAGUUUAUAACAUCCAUUUCUACUGCACUCACACCUACAUGUAGCCCAGAAACUGUGAUGGUUGUGAAUACAACCGAGAAUCAGGAAACUAAACCAGGCACCACUACAACCGCACAGACGAUGGACAUACCACUGUACACAAUUAGUAACUUGCCUGAUCUGCUCUCAAGUAUGAGCAAAAGGAGAUCAUGGCUGGAGGACAUCAUUGACAGAUACUGUUGCUUCCUUCACCUUAUACUCUAUUCUGGAAUCCUUCUUCUCCUCCUGCUACAGAUUAUAGUAUGCCUGAUUUUACUCAUGUGGUCAUGUACCUACUACCAUCACUAUUUCCAAAUCCUUAGAGAACAGGUGCCCAAUGUUAGGCUGACAAGGUACAGUCUGAGGGAACCACUAGCUGACGACAAGAUUUUCCUUGUUCAUGGUGUAAACUCAACCUUCAGACAUCGAGCAGACCAAGAACCAAUACCAAUGUUGCUAUUAGAGGCCGGGACUAGGGAUUAUUCUAAAAGCUACACCUCUGCGAUCCUAACAUGACUCAUUGGAUCUAAAUACCAAUUAGAAAGGCAUUAACAGGAUGUCUCCCUAACCAGGAUUUUUCAUAAUAGUAUACUUACAUAUCCCCUAUAUUCAACCAAUAGUUUGGCAAUCAUUGUUAUAAACUUUACCCAACUGCUAAAUUUGUAAUAUACUCUAAACUGAGC